AUGGCUGCAUCGCACGUUCAAGCCUGUAUCAGUCAAUAUCAGACAGAGGCUGCCGAGAACAAUGUUCCUUCGGCUCGGAUAAUCUACUUUAAAGCCGGAAUCCAAUGGGAGAUCACUACCACAUCUUUUCAUCCCACUUAUCCGAGUUUCAGUCUGGUCCGGGAUCACGGAGAACCCUCCCGGAUCGUAUCCUCCUAUGAUACUCCAUGGUGGAUGGGGGACACUACAAUCCCUAACCAACCAUGGCAAUGGGAUCGGGUAAUAGAUUCCUGUCACUUUCACUACCAGCAUUGGCUAAGCGGCGUUGAGGACAAUGGUUUCAUCCUUCCGGAGCAGCUGGACGGCACCCUGGCUCCAUCACUGGUGGGACUGAAGUGGAUUAGGGAACGCCUGGUGUCGUUGAUUCAGGACCAUCAGGAGGGCAUCCGUGAUAAGAUGGUGGAGAUUGAUAUGUACACUGACACCCUAGCCCGGUUGAAGAGAGCCAGAGGGGAUGAUCCCUAUUAA